AUGACAUCUGCCACCCUUGGGUUCCAACACGCAAAGAACUUCAACAUCGCCAAAGUCUCCACCGGUGAAGAGUCUGAAGAAGACCCCAGCGUACUACGCUUCAACGACUCCAUCUUCGCCGAUGUAACGCUACACUUCGACGACAUCUCCAUGCUCUACGACAAGCAAAUCCUAAACGCCUGCCCCAUAUUCUUCCAAGCCUUCAAUGAACAAAAACACACAGAAUUCACCAUCGAAAAGUACAGCAAAAACGCAGUAAUGACGUUGCUGAGCCAUAUCUAUGACAAUGGGCUCAAAUUCGACCAGAGCAUUGUAUACUCAAAACUGUCCAAUGAGGACUUGUUUCCACAGACUUGGAACCUAGUGCGUCAUUGCGCCGAAGUUUUUUGUCUGGCGGACGAAUAUCAGUUGCCCGUUUUGCGCUCGCAGGCUCAGGCCAAUAUCAUGAGCAUCAGACGCCGCGCUAUGCAACUCAAAGACAAUCUGGUCAUCACCAUCGUAAACAGCAAGAUCACGGACAUCUACAACGAUAACUGGUUCUUGGACAUGGGUAUUUUGGAUGAACUUGCAACGCAAUGCUUGGAGUACGAGUGUGUAAAGGAAGAUGAUCAUCACUGGAUGUACAGAAAGAUUGAUGGCGAGUGGGUUGCUGUGUUUGAGGAGUGGGAGAGAUUGGUCAAGAGGUUGAAUGUUUUGGAUCCUGGUAUGACUCCGAUUCCCAUGGACAGGGGCCAGCCAAAGAGUGAGGCGGAUAGGUGGACUUGGUAG